AUGGUGUACAAUACACACAACUCUCUGUACUUGGACAAAGAAGUACCUCCUGUGAGCUUCUCCAUUCCGAAAUCACUGCAGAGGCCUCGGGCCACACAACUGAGGAAAACGCACACGAGGGACGGUUACCGCCCGCCUGAAAAGAAACGGCUUUGUUACCGGGUGGGCGCCGAGCCCAACGCCCCUUCCCCCGGAAACCGUGUGCUGACGUCACCACGCGACAGCGUCCCUGUGGGCCCUCAAAGGAACCUCUUGCAUUGUGGGACACGCGUGCAUACCCGCCGAACUUGGUGCGCUCGGUUGGGCUUCCGCACGGGUGUCUGGAGCACUUGUUUCUCCCUCUUGCACAAACAACUCCCCCUUCUGGGAAGAAGGGGGACGUCCCCAUUUCCGGAGUGCGCGGAGAUUCGAGGAAAGGGCUCCAGUUCAGGGGCCACUAAUCAUAAAGGGCCUCACCCCGGGCCUGAACCUUGUCAGAGGCUCCUAGGACUCGCUGAUGAUACUAUUUCCGGCCCAAGGGCCAGGUGGCUUUCGGUCGCUCGCUACUUUACUCUUCGUAGUAGUAAUAUCUUCAUAAGCAAGUGCCUUUACCACCGCUCUACUUCCCCACCCGCCUUGGUCCCCGUCCCUAGGCGCAUGCAUAGCCCACGGCUGGCUCCUGCAUUAAUUAAGUCUCCCAGACCCCACUUCCAUUUCUUUGGGGAGCAGAGAUGCGCGCCUAGUUGUCUGCCCCUCGUGGGCUCUGGAGGACAAGGUUUGCUAUUUUAUUAGAACAUAUUUUGCCAUCUGACUGCUGUGGUUCAGUGAAUUGAGUGCUGGCCUGUAAAGAGAAA